CUGUCCGUGGUGCUGAAGCGCGUGGCGUGCUGAUGGAUGCUCCUCAUGAGAGCGCGUCCAGCAGGUCGCAGGGUAACGGCGCAUCAGAGCAGCGUUCCGUGUUCCUGCUGUCCGGCACACACGGUCAGCAGAUCAUCGCCGUUCUUCAGAGCUUCCGAGCGAGAGGAGCCAUGUUUGAUUUCAGCAUCCGCGUGCAGGAUGACACGCUGCCCUGUCAUCGAUGCGUUCUCGCCGCGUGCAGCGACUUCUUCAGGGCGAUGUUUGAGCUUGACAUGCGGGAACGUGAUGACGGUACCGUGACCCUCAGUAACCUCUCAGCUCCGGCCGUUCGUGCCUUCCUGGACUUUGCGUAUUCUGGAGAGAUUGAAAUCCGAGAGGACAACGUGGACAUGCUGUUUCAACUGGCCUCUUACCUGCAGGUCGGCUUCCUAUUGCGUUCCUGCAGUGACUUUCUGGUCCAAACCCUUGACCUCUCCAACUGCCUACACCUGUUAGCGGUUGCUGAGGGAUACGGCUCGCCACAUCUCCUGCGACGCUCCACAGAGUUUGUCACGCAGAACUUCCACGUGCUCGCCUCCAGACGGGAUUUCCUGGAGAUGCCAGCGCGGGUUUUGGAACGUUGUCUGGCCUCUGAUGCUCUCAGCGUUCCUGAUGAAGAAAGCGCGCUGCGCGCUCUCCUGCACUGGACACGUCACGACCUGCAGACGCGCAAGAGCCUGUUGCUGGAGCUCCUGUCACAUGUCCGCCUACAUCAGCUCCCUCUCGCUGUACUGGAGGAGGCGUGUCGCUCUGAGGCGCUGUUGUGUAGUGAUGGCGAGUGUUCUAGUACGCUUCAGGAGGCAUUGACGAGCGUUCGUGAGUUUGGCGGGUUCUUCCCGGACGCCAGGCCUUCUACGACAUGUGGCUACAUUUACGUACAUAAAACGGAGGAAAAUGGAGAGAUACGCCACGCUUUCUGCUAUGACAUCACUGCGGACCGCUGGACGGAACUGCCGCAUAGCGCCACACUGCUGUCGGACUUGCCCGGGUCGGCCCUCGCUAGUUUUGGAGAGAAGCUGUUUGUCAUCGGCGGUUGCCGUGGCAAUUGUUGUCGCACAGUUCGCCUCCACAUCGCGGAACCUCACCACGACGCAACGGACGAAGUCUGGUGCUACUGUCCAGUGGCGGGCACUUUCACGCCAGCCUCGCCCAUGCAGCACCCACGGACCAUGCACACAUCUGUGACCACCCUGAAUCGCAUCUACGUCAUCGGCGGAAAGCCCUGUGGCACCCGCGGCAUCCGUAGCCUGCUAGACGUCGAAUACUACGAUCCGCUGAGUCGCGUGUGGAAGUCCGUCAGUCCUCUGCCCAGAGGGAUUUACCUCCCUGAGGCGAGCGCUUGCAGAAACAUCAUUUACACACUCGGCUCUGAGGUUGAAAUUUCAGAAACCUUCAAUCCGUCGCUAGACUGCUUUUUCCGCUACGACGCCGUAGCGGAUCAUUGGUGCCAACUAGUGGCAGAGUUCGGCCAGUUCUUCCACGCCACCCUCGCCAAGGCCGUAUCCAUUAACGAGACUCUGUACCUGUGUGACCUGUCAACGUAUAAAGUCUACAGCUUCUGCCCGGAUACGUGCGUCUGGAAAGGGGAGGGCUCGUUCGAGUGCGCGGGAUUUAACGCAGGUGCCAUCGGCGUGCAGGAUAAGAUCUACAUCCUGGGCGGAGAUUACUCACCUGAUGAGGUCACAGAUGAGGUGCAGGUGUAUCACAGCGGACGCUCAGAAUGGCAGGAAGUGGCACCGAUGCCACGCGCGCUCACCGAGUUUCACUGUCAGGUGGUCAGCUUCAACCGAUACAGAGAUCCGUGGAAAACCGAUCCGCCGGAAACGCCUUGAACGACGCGCAUGCACAAACAUUCAGACCCGUCAGUUCUUGUGCGAUAUUAGUGAGCGUCUGUCAAAGCUAUAAUAAUCACAUUAAAUAAACACUCUUCUGCUUCAGCUCGUAGACUUUCACUGUCACAUCUAAUGCUGUUAAAGUUAUAUUACUAACAGUUUUUAGUUAAACUAUGUUUUGGCAUUUUGUCAG